AUGUUCCAUUCUUUUGUUUUCUCCCCCUCUUCGGUGAUACUUGUUGUUCUUGCUGUUAACACACCACACCCCCCCCCCCCCCCCCCCCCCGCCCCGCAGAUCUGCCUCUACAGGACAAGAAAAAGUUUACGCAUUUAUUUGGAAAUGGGGAUCAUCUCCCGAAAGCUUUUCCCAGCGUGUGAGAGCAUGUGCAUAUGCUGUCCUGCUAUGAGGUCAAGAUCUAGACAACCUGUUAAGCGUUACAAAAAGCUGCUGGCAGAAAUCUUUCCAAAGUCUCCUGAUGGCCCUCCCAAUGAAAGGAAAAUUGUUAAAUUAUGUGAGUAUGCUGCCAAAAAUCCUUUCCGAAUCCCAAAGAUUGCCAAAUAUCUUGAAGAUAGGUGUUACAAAGAGCUAAGACUGGAGCACAUCAAAUUCAUCAAUAUUGUUGCAGAGGCUUACAACAAGUUGCUUUGCCUGUGUAAAGAGCAGAUGGCCUAUUUUGCAGUCAGUCUGCUGAGUGUGGUUACUGAGCUCCUGGACAACCCUAAGCAAGAUCCUCUGCGCAUACUUGGAUGCCAAACCCUAAUGAGGUUCAUCUAUAGUCAGACAGAUGGCACUUACACACAUACCAUUGAGAGUUUGGUUCAUAGAGUAUGUAAGCUUGCUCGUGAAAGUGGUGAAGAUCAUCAAAGGCGCUGCUUGAGAGCAUCAAGCUUGCAGUGCCUUUCUGCCAUGGUGCAAUUCAUGGCAGAAUUUUCAUAUAUUUUUGUUGAUUUUGACGAGAUUGUACAUGUCACCUUGGAUAACUAUGAGCCUGAUACACAUAUUGAAGAUGAUGAGAGAGGGGAGCCACAUCAUAAUUGGGUGGAUGAAGUAGUUCGAAGUGAAGGCAGAGUUGGUGUAGUUGGCGCUGAUGCUAGCCCUAGCUGCAAGAUCAUCAGGCCACGACCAGAAAAGAAGGAUCCUUCUCUUCUGACGAGAGAAGAGAUAGAGACACCAAAAGUCUGGGCUCAAAUUUGUAUUCAGAGAAUGAUUGAAUUAGCCAAGGAGAGCACAACAAUGCGUCGAGUAUUGGAUCCAAUGUUUGUCUACUUUGAUUCUGGGCACCACUGGGUUCCUUGUCAAGGGUUGGCCAUGCUGGUUUUGUCUGAUAUGUCAUACUUCAUGGAGGCUUCAGGGAAUCAGAAGUUGAUUUUAGCCUAUGUGAUUCGUCAUCUUGACCAUAAAAACAUUUCUCAUGAUCCGCAACUCAAAUCUUAUGUCGUUCAAGUUGCUAGUGCUUUGGCUAGUCAGAUUCAAUCUGGAGCAGUCCUGGCAGAAAUUGGAUUUGUCUCUGACCUAUGUAGGCAUUUGAGGAAGAGUCUUCAAGCCACUGCUGAAUCAGUUGGAGAGCAAGAAUCAAACAUUAACAUCAUGCUACAAAAUUCCAUUGAAGAUUGCUUACUAGAAAUUGCCAGAGGGAUUGGCAAUGUUGGACCACUAUUUGACAUGAUGGCUCUAACUCUGGAGAAGCUGCCAUCUGGAGUCGUUGCCAGGGCAACCAUUGCAUCAUUAAUGAUUGUUGCUCACAUGACCUCAUUAGCAUUGUCCUCUUCACGUUUGCAGCAGGUUUUUCCCGAGUCCCUUCUUGUUCAACUUUUGAAAGUAAUGGUGCAUCCAGAUGUUGAGGUGCGUGUUGGAGCACACCAGAUAUUUUCUAUCCUUCUCAUUCCAAAUUCUAACCGGCCCCGACAUGACGUUGCGUCUCUACGAUCUGGUUUUGUAUACCAAUCAAGAGGACACUCGAAUACAGAAUCGACCUUUGCUUCAAUUACAGCUAGGCUUGAAAAGUUGAGGAGGGAAAAAGAUGGGUCCAAAGCAGAAAAGCGUGGGAAUAAUUGUUGUGAUGAUUUUAAAGAUAGAGACGCUGCCGAAGAAGAUUGGAAGCAGGGACAUGCCCGCAAGAACUCCCCUAAUUUCUACAAAAUUAGUUCUAUUAUUGACAAGACAGCUGGAUCAGUCAGCUUAUCAGAGCCAGAACCGUAUGCUAUGAAGUUUAGCGAGGAUCAAGUAGCACACUUGCUGUCUGCUUUUUGGAUACAAGCCAAUCUCUCGGAUAAUUUGCCUUCAAAUGUUGAAGCCAUUGCUCAUUCUUUCAUUUUAGUGCUUAUUUCCUCACAUUUGAAGAAUCCAACUGACAACCUUAUGGUUCGUGUUAUUCAACUUCUGCUGUCUCUGAGGAAUACGUCCCUUGAUCUUAACAAUGGUAUGUCUCCUCCGGCAUGUCAGAGAUCUCUCCUUGUGCUAUCAAUUGGCAUGUUGAUGUUUGUGGCUAAGAUCUAUCACAUUCCUGGUCUGAAUGAUCUGUUGAAGUCAUUAAUACCAUAUGAUGUUGAUCCGUAUUUGGGCAUCAGUGAUGAUCUUCAAGUUUAUGUAAAGGCUGAUGCAGAUGUUAGUAAAUACGGAUCUGUUACUGAUAACCAGAUGGCUAGAUCAUUACUAUGUGAUUUGCGGAACAAGAUAUAUGAAUCCGACAAUGUCAUAGUGGAAAUCUUAGUUCAGUUUCUAUCAAACGUUACUGAGAUGGAGGCAGAAGAUGUGAGGAACCAACUUUCAGAGUCAUUCACACCUGAUGAUGCAUUCAUGUUUGGUCCAGAAUCAAUGCUUGAAUUUGACCAAAAUAAAAUGGCUGGCCAUUCAAAAUAUUCACUGUCCUUUGAUGGGGAAUUUCUAACAAAUUCAUCAGUGGAGGAUGAUGCAACAAGUGAAGCAUCUGUUGCUGACCUCUCUCGUUUCAUUCCCAGAAUGCCAUCAUCCACCUCUAUUGCCCAUGUUAUCAGCAUUGGACAGCUUAUGGAAUCCGCACUUGAGGUGGCCGGUCAAGUAGCGGGAACAUCUAUCUCCACAUCGCCCCUCCCAUACAAUACCAUGGCAAGCCAGUGCGAAGCACUUGGAACAGGGACAAGGAAGAAGCUCUCUAACUGGUUGGCCCAUGAAAAUCAUCAGAGCAGUGUCCGUGACAAAUCGUUUCUGGCCUUUCCAGCAGAUGGCCGCACAGCACUCGAGAAGAUAAUUAGUGAGACUGGGCCUACUCAGGGAGCUGCAUUGCCACAGGAUCCCUGGCUAGCUGUGAGGCUGCCUCCUGCUAGUCCAUUUGACAACUUCCUCAAGGCAGCUGGAUGUUAG